AUGAAAUCAUAGAUUGAAGUUUUAAUUCAUUUCAAGAAAUUCACAAACAUUGAUCUUUUUACCUAAGGAAUCUAUUAGAUAAGAGUCCAUAUAGUAAUAAUUCUAAUCAUCAUAAUUAGCCCGAAGCUUAACCUUACUUGAUCUUUAAGUCUAUAAGACAAGAUCCAUUUACAACCAAUGAGGUUGAUAAAAAUUUUGUAUUUUAUGAAGAGAACAUAGAAGACAAAUACUUUUAUUCAUAAGGAUUUUUGAUUAGAUAUGAAGAUGAACAAAUGUCAACUAAUAUUGGAUGCCUAUUUCGAUAAUAAGAAACUCAAAAUAUAGAAAUCGUUAUUGAAUUAUUAUUUCUUGAUAAAAAACUUUUAGGAGACAUAUAUGUGGAUGACUUAUAGUCUGUUGCCUUGUCACUUAGAUAAUAAAUGCAAAUAAUAUCAAAGGCCACAUUAACAGUGUCUAAUCCAUUAAUAUAUAAUUAAGCAUAUUAUCCUGUAGAAUUUGAUUCUGCCCACUUUUCUUUAUUAGAAACUUAGAUACAUACAAUUCCAAUAUAGUUUUCAUUUACAAAGUAGCAAUUAAUUAACGAAUUUAAAACAUAAGAAUAAUUUAAUGAAGUUAUUAAUAAAUCCAUUUAUUUGUUGUUGAAUAAUAGAGAAUAGUUAAUAAAAUAACUCAAUAAUUUAUAGAAUGAGAAGAAACUAAGACAAUUUUAAUAUUAAGAGAAAUAAAUAGAUUUCAAGGAUGAUGAUAAAGAAGAUUAAAUUAUACAAGUAUAUUCUUAUCCAUCAAUAGAGUCUACAUGAUCUUCAUCAUGAUAUGUAUAUAUUAUGGUGUGAACUAGUGGAUGCAAUCAAGGAGAACCCUCAAAAGUUAUAAGAUUAAUUGGAAUAAGAAUUUUUAUGUCAAAUGAUCUAAAGGUGGUAAAAUUGUGUACUUUUAAAUAAAUCUGAAGUUAAAUAAUUGGAUUAAGUUCAAUAAAAUGGAAGAAAUAAUCAUGAAAUAGCAAAGUUGAAGAGAAAUUAACUUUUUUCAUAAGAAAUAGAUGCUAUAAGAUAUAUAGAAUUGCUUCAACCUCUAAAUACAAAUCCAUUUAUAUUCAAAUAAACUUGUGUUUAAAAUGGAUUUUACUAGAAGCCUUAAAAUUCUUAUGUUCAUUAUGUUGUCUUAGUUCAUGGAUAUUAAGGUACAUCAUAUGAUAUGAGAUAUUGGAAAUCUAUAUUGACAAUUAGAUUUAAAGAUAAAAUUAGAUUAAUUUGUCCAACAUGUAAUGAUGGCACUUCCAAUAAACCAAUUUAAGAAUAAGCUAAAUUACUUGCUGAUGAAAUUGAAAACUAUUUAAGUGAUGAAAAUAUAAAUGAAUAUAGAUUGUCAUUUAUUGGUCAUUCUCUUGGAGGACUUAUUAUAAGAGCAGCUCUUCCUUAAUUGAGGGAAUAUAAAGAAUUUAUGCACACUUAUGUUAGUCUAGGAUCACCUCAUUGUGGAUAUGCUUCAUCUGAAAGUGUUUUAGUUGAUACUGGUUUGAUGAUGAUCUAAAAAUGGAAUAAAUGUAAAACACUUGAAGAAUUAAGUUAAAGAGAUCAUAAAGAUGUUAAAAAUACUUAUAUAUAUAAUUUGAGUAAAGCAGAGGGAUUGAAUUGGUUCAAUAAUGUUGUUGUAAUGUCUUCAUUUCAAGAUCAUUAUGUACCUUUUCAUUCUGCUUUGAUAUAGAAAAUUGAGAAUGUUAAUGAUCAAAAAGUUUAGGCAUAUAAUGAAAUAGUUUCAAAUAUUUUAUCAAAAUGUGGUAAAAUAGAUAGAUUUGACAUAAAUUUCUAAAUAACUAAAAAGUAAUAAUAAUAAUUAGUAUUAUUAUAGGAAAUUAGAUAAAUUUAUAGGAAGAGCAGCUCAUAUUGAAUUUAUCGAUAAUUUAACAUUAGUAAAAAUGUUUGUUUACUUGUACGAUGAAUAUUUUCAUUGA